UCCAUGGCAACGGCCGUUUGGCCUCCUGUUCGUUCAGGUGAGCGGGACGCACCCAGGUGAUCAUGUCGGAGGAAUGUUCGGAGUGUACGCCGUGUGCUUUUACUGAGAAGCGGAAUGCCGAGCCUCCCCUGGAGGCACCGUUGCACAAUUAGAGCCGUUGAGCAAGAUCCAGCGUCGCGCGUCGGUUUCCGGGGGGGGGGACGGAGCGCCGCGCGAGCCCUGCGCAACCAAAGAACGGCAAAUCUCUGGAUGUCAUGCAACGCAGCCGGACGCCAUCUUGCUCUGUGGGAACCUCUGCCGUGGGCACAACAUUUGGAUUCCCUCCAACGUCAGACAGUAAUGCUGAGGGAAUGUGGUCUCAGUUCAUCAGAUGAGCUCAUGACCCAGGGUUUGGCAGGAUUUGCUCCAAAGCAGCGAUUCAGUCCACAGGAAUAUGGGAUUGAACUAAGUGGAUCAGCGACGGCACUGCAGACGAACCCAGACGCGAACCUCACUUAAGGUCGGUUUAACGGGGACGACAUGGACGACUGACAGGAGCCGAGCAGAGGACGACGAGGCAGCCGCUCCCACCCCCUCCGCCGGCGGCCAUGGCGGGGCUCAAGCGCCACCACGACGGCAAGAUCGCCGGCCUCUACGACCUGGACAAGACGCUGGGCCGGGGGCACUUCGCCGUGGUCAAACUGGCCCGGCACGUCUUCACCGGGGAAAAGGUGGCGGUGAAGGUGAUAGACAAGACCAAGCUGGACCCGGUGGCGCGGGGCCACCUCUUCCAGGAGGUGCGGUGCAUGAAGAUGGUGCAGCACCCCAACGUGGUGCGCCUGUACGAGGUCAUCGACACGGCCACCAAGCUCUACCUCAUCCUGGAGCUGGGGGACGGGGGCGACAUGUACGACUGCAUCAUGAAGCACGACGGGGGCCUCAGCGAGGAGGUGGCCAAGUGCUACUUCGCCCAGAUCGUCCACGCCAUCUCCUACUGCCACCGGCUGCACGUGGUGCACCGGGACCUGAAGCCCGAGAACGUGGUGUUCUUCGAGAAGCAGGGCGUCGUGAAGCUCACCGACUUCGGCUUCAGCAACCGCUUCCAGCCCGGCAAGACGCUCAACACCUCCUGCGGCUCGCUGGCCUACUCCGCGCCCGAGAUACUGCUGGGAGACGAGUACGACGCUCCCGCUGUGGAUAUCUGGAGUCUGGGGGUGAUCCUGUUCAUGCUGGUCUGUGGUCAGCCCCCCUUCCAGGAGGCUAACGACAGCGAGACGCUCACUAUGAUCAUGGACUGCAAAUACACGGUGCCUCAGCACAUCUCCCAUGCAUGCAGAGACCUUAUAGGACGUAUGCUGCAGAGGGAGCCCAAGCAGCGGGCGACCCUGGAGGAGAUCGAGGCCCACGACUGGCUCCGAGGCGUGGACCCCUCCCCGGCCACCAAGCUGUCCACCCCUCUGGUCUCCCACCGCAGCCUGUCGGAGGAGGAGCACGGCUCCAUCAUUCAGCGCAUGGUGCUGGGGGGCAUCGCAGACCGGGACAGCAUAACCGAGGCCCUGGAGUCGAAUCAGUACAACCACAUCACAGCCACCUACUUCCUGCUGGCCGAGAGGAUGCUGAGGGAGAGGCAGGAGAAGGAGCAGCACAGCCAGACGCGCUCGCCCAGCCCCAGCAAGGCCCAGUUCAGGCAAUCCUGGCCCACCAGAGUGGAUGUUCACCAGGACGUCACUGACGGCCUGGGGGGUCCGGCCAUCUCCCACCCCGGCGGGCCUCAGUCCCCCGCCCGCAGUGCCGAGAGCCUCCACAAAGGCCCCCGGCCCAAAACGGCGCUGCUGGAUGUGAGCCAGCGCCAGGAGAACCACGCUCCGUCGCCAAGCGGCCAACAGCAGCCGACCCGCCAGAACCAGGAGAGGGGGCUCAGACCCCUGGCAAAGCCGCACUCCAACGCCCUCAGGCUGGGCGCCUUGGCUUCAGUGGGCCCGUGCAAACCCCGUAGUCCCAGCCUGUUCAGCGUGGAGGAGGACGAGGAGGAGGACGGGCUGGAGGACAAGCGGCUGCCGCCCUGUGCGCUGCCUCCUCAGGUGGUGCUUCGCUGCAAAGCCUCCUCCUCCUCCUCGUCCGGGGGCUCCUCCGGAAACCGGCUGACGUCGCGUAUGAGCGCUCCCAUCCUGAAUCAGAUCCACGAGGAGGAUAAAGAAGAGGAGGACGAGGAUGAGGGAGGGGAGCUGUGUGGACUGGGCCCACCCAAACCCAGCCUCAGCCUCAAUCUGAACUCUAGGGUACCGUCGCCGUCAGCGCUCAUGUCGUCCCCCAAAAGUGCAACGGCGCCAGUGGCGCUUUCCACCCCCAGCUCAGAGACUAGCGACGACGACACAGAGAGUCACAGCAGACUGGAGGACGGCGGAGAAGUGGGCGAGGGAGGGGGCAGGAGGGAGAACAGAGCGAAGCGGGGCGCGGAGCAGGACGGUCCCUCCAACUGCGCCAGUCCCGGAUCGGGUUCUGGCCAAGGCAAGGGCACGGCCAAAGCGGCCAGCGGCCUGGUGGAGAGCCUGAAGCUGAUGAGCCUGUGCCUGAGCUCCCAGUUCCACAACUUGACGGGGGGCGGAGGGGGCGGCGGCAGCGGCGGCGGGCCCGGCGGGGACAACCCGGACCGGCCCGUGUGGAGGAUGUGCAUGGGCGGCUCCACCGGCAGCCUGGACAAGGUGUCGCUGCUGGGCGGCCCGUCGCCCCGGGGGGGCGACCCGUACCGGCCGGCGCCGCCCGGCGACGCGCCGGCCGACCCGCUGCUGGACGGGCCCUGCCCGGACGCGCUGAGGCUCGGCGAGCUGGACCUGGCCCGCGAGAACCGCAGGAACGUGAAGAACCGCGCGAUGCAGAUGCCGCUGAGCGAAAAGACGUUGUCGGUGAACAUCCACCGGAGCCCCAAGGACGGCCUGCUGUGCACCCCCGCCCCCCACAGCUGCUGCCAGGUCAUCUAGCGGCCGCCGGCGCCGCCACCGCCGCCGCGCGUCCGGGUUCCUCUCACUUCGCAUCCUUUAAACAUGUGUUGCCGUUUCCUUUCAUUUGGGCGAGGCCAGCGUUUGCACAUUUAGAGACACACGAGGAGACUGGCUGUCAAAGCAAGCAUGUGAAGCACUUUCUGCAGAUUAGCCGACCACUGGGACAGAAUGGGACCAUUAAAUAUGGGUGGAGAGGAUGCACAUAUGUAUAUACAGUAUCGACACCGUUCACACCGACAUCACUCUAAUAAGCUGAGACAGGUUUUUGGUAUCAUGUUACAUAUUGUCCCUUUUUGCACUUUGUUGCUGGUUUUUUUUAUAUAAUUUUUUUAACUUAUUUUUUGAGACAAUCGUUUUACCUGUUGUUUUGUUCCUGCUGGAUGACCAUCGCGGUGGAGUUUGUACAUAUGUGAAUAACCUCCUAGCAGUGCUCUGUACCCGUAGUAUUGACGAUGAAGUUGUGUUGCGGUAGAAACCUGAAUACACUGCAUUUCCUUUCCACGCCUCUAUCGGAUAUUCAAGGUUUCGGUUGAAUCCAGACCUCAAGUUGUGUUUAUAGCUGAGAAAUAAUUAAGUAAUUGAAUUAAAAUCUCCACCAAACAGACGACACAUCAUCCAUGCGAUGGCAGCUCUUUAAGUUCAAACGGCUUUAAAUUGAACAACUGCUGGGUAGAACCUAAACCAUGUGCAUCCUGUAGCUUCCCAGGAUCACGGUAGCCACUGUUGUAGCAUAUUCCAAGACUGAAACAACAACGUGAGGGGGGUUCGAGAGAACAUGACAACGCCGCCCCUUCGCGUACCGCUCUGUGUACCUGGAUGUGUGACCCGCCCCUAGUGGAAUAUAUACCUUGACAGUGCAUGUGUUUUUCUGUAGCAACCAUCCCCUGAACCCAUGGAGGUGUAAGACUCCCUGCUGUGUCUCCCUGGCAGAGUCCGACGGUCACUUUACUGUAGCCUCACAGCAAUACCAGCGACUGCAAAAUGUACAACAAAUAUGGAUGUGCCAUAAAAUCUGUCUUGAGCAUAUUGUACUGUAUGUAUAUGAUAGAGAUAUAUUAAAAUAAAUGAUGUGAAUGUA